AGAUUUCGUGUUGAAAUGACGAGUUUACCGCGUUUGUGUCGAUUUUUUGUGACCGAGUCAUACCGCAUUCCUGUCCGAAGAUGUUUGCAUCAACAGUUCGACAGAGCUCCCAUCAUUGGAUCAGCUGCCGAAGUUAACGAUGAAACUUAUAAGGACAAUCACAAGAAGAUGGAGCAGGUUGUCAAAGAGUUGCGUACUGCAGUUGCAAAAAUUACUCUCGGUGGAGGGGCAAAAGCGGUUGAGCGCCAUUUAAGCAAGGGAAAAAUGUUGGCCAGGCAGCGAAUAGAUGCAUUGUUGGAUCCUGGUUCGCCAUUCCUGGAGCUGUCGCAACUGGCGGGAUUCAAGCUGUAUGGAGAUGAAGAAGUUCCAGCCGGAGGCAUUGUCACUGGCAUCGGUCGAAUUUGUGGGACAGAAUGCAUGGUAGUAGCGAAUGAUGCAACUGUGAAAGGCGGCACAUAUUACCCUGUGACUGUGAAAAAGCAUUUAAGGGCGCAGGAAAUUGCGGAAGAAAAUCGACUUCCGUGCGUCUAUUUGGUGGAUUCUGGUGGAGCGAAUUUGCCCAGACAGGCUGAAGUAUUUCCAGACAAGCUACACUUCGGGCGAAUUUUCUUUAACCAGGCAAAUAUGUCAGCAAAGGGUAUUGCUCAGAUUGCUGUUGUUAUGGGCAGUUGCACUGCCGGUGGUGCUUAUGUGCCAUCGAUGGCAGAUGAAAGUGUCAUCGUGCGCAAAGAAGGUACUAUUUUUUUGGGUGGGCCACCUUUAGUGAAAGCUGCCACUGGAGAAGAAAUCUCGGCGGAAGAACUUGGAGGAGCUGAUCUUCAUUGUGGAACAUCCGGUGUGACGGAUCACUAUGCUGUGGAUGACGAGCACGCGAUUUUCCUUACCCGACGCAUCGUGGAGAACCUAAAUGUUCGAAAGCGAUUGAACGUAACGUUACGAGACGUUGAAGAACCGCUUUACCCAGCGGAUGAGCUUUAUGGGAUCGUGGGCACCAGUUUAAGCCGAACGUUUGAUGUACGGGAAGUGAUCGCGAGAAUCGUUGAUGGUUCAAGGUUUGUGGAAUUCAAGCAGCGGUAUGGAGAUACAUUGGUAACAGGAUUUUCGAGGUUGUAUGGAUACCCGUUGGGAAUCAUUGGGAAUAACGGUGUAUUAUUCUCCGAAUCGGCGCAAAAAGGAGCGCAUUUCAUUCAAUUGUGUGCCAAGCGAGGAAUUCCGUUAUUAUUUCUUCAAAACAUCACUGGAUUCAUGGUUGGUCGGGACGCAGAAGCUGGAGGAAUUGCGAAACACGGAGCAAAAAUGGUGACAGCUGUGGCUUGUGCUCAAGUGCCGAAAUUGACGAUGAUCAUUGGUGGUUCCUAUGGAGCCGGGAACUACGGGAUGUGUGGACGGUCUUACAGUCCGAGAUUUAUGUGGAUGUGGCCGAACGCGAAAAUAUCCGUGAUGGGCGGCGAGCAAGCGGCGAAUGUUUUGGCCCAAGUGAAAAGGGAUCAGUUGUCACGUGAAGGCAAGGAAUUCAGCGAGCAAGAAGAAGCUAAGUUCAAAGCCCCAAUUCUCGCUCGAUAUGAGGCCGAGGGUUCCCCUUAUUACGCUAGCGCGCGUUUGUGGGAUGACGGAGUGAUUGAUCCGGCGGAUUCGCGGAAAGUGUUGGGUUUGGGACUGAGUGCCGUGAUGAACUCAGCAUGGGAUGAGCUUCCGAAUUUCGGAAAUGCGGAACUGUUCGCUCUCACUUAUGGCGCUCUGGUUGCCCAAAUGGUGAAAGACCACGAGAACGUGGACGACGUGAACCGGCAGCUCGAGCGAAUGGGUUACAAUAUCGGCAUCCGACUCAUUGAAGACUUCUCAGCCCGGCAAAAUCUUACUGGCCGCUGUGUGGAUCUCCGAGACACGGCGGACAAGCUGAAAACGGGCUUCCAAAUGUAUCUGGGUUGCACGCCGGCACUGUCGAAUUGGUCGUCGGCGGGCGACGAGUUUUCGCUGAUAUUUGAUCCGUCGUCGUCGUCUGCUUUGGGAUCCGGCGUCGGAGUUUCGAGUGUGACGGGGGGACAAGGAAACGCCGGUCCGUGGUCUCUUUCGGCGUCCGGGGCACUGCCGAUGACCGAGUUCGUCGAGUUGCCGCCGAAUCUUGGGAAUCUCAAAUUCUGCAACAUGUUGCCCGGUGUCAUUCGUGGUGCUUGUGAAAUGGUCCAAUUAGAUGUGACGUCCUGGAUUGUGCAAGAUCAGUUGAAGGGCGAUCCGGUGACAGAGUUGCGGGUAAAAUUCAACCGUAGGCUGGAAGACGCAAUUCCAGCCGGAGAGGAUUAAACCUGCACCUCCAUUCAUUCCAAUGAAUUAUUAUUUUCACGCGCGAGCGAAUGGAUUCCUGUUGCUCGCUAUUGGAUUUUUUGUUUUGAACGCAGUUUACUGUGAUUUCCCGCGACCUUGGGGAGUGUUUAUAGUGGUUAAGCUGUCCGUUUUUUCUCUCUUUUUUUCUUUUGCCAAUGUGUUUCAUUGGCUAGCUUACGAUAAAGGAAAGAUACUUUUUAAUAAUUCUCGGAAAGGUGUCUGUUGCUUGAAGUUUCACGGGUUGACUCA